AUGUCGGACAACGUUGGUAUAACAUGGGCUCCCAAUCUUGAGCAGCCUCGCCACAGCCAGGGGGCUGCUACGGCUACCGGUGGACUCAAUGUACAUCAUAAGUCUGGCAAUGAUGGGAGACAAGAUCAGUGGGGAGACAGGGAAAAUCAUGAUGAAAGAGACUCUGGCACCCAAGGCAACACUCCUAUUGCACUUGUGGCACAGGACCCCUUAGAAACAGUCGAAGAAGACCAUGGUCAUGAGCUGGAUGCGCAGGCUCUCCCAGGCCUUGCCGCAUCACCAGCUUUUGGCCCGCCGAGACCAGAACGGUCACUACCUUCAUCCACUCAAACGUCGUCAAAUUCAUUGAAGGCUUUGUCUCUGCUGGAAAGUGACCGCGGAUUUGGCUCUGGGGUGUCUAUGGUGCAGCGUAAGCUCUCAACAAGGUCCUCACAAAGUCAAAUUCGCGGGCGCCGACUCUCUCACUCUAAGUCUCUGUCCUCAUCACACCCUAGACUAUCUGGCAUUACUGCGGACCAUCCAAAAUACCCUGAUCAAUCUUUUGCGGCGUUGCAAGCGCAAUUCAACGGACAAAGACCUCACCCUCCCUUGCGGACAAGAAGCUCUCAUCCGGCUCAAAAUCUCGUCUACAACGAAAUGUCUACCUGGAGACCUUCCAAGGAACGACACCCAGGUGCUCACGGUACAAAGACUGCAGACAAUACUCCAAUGUCAAGUCCUGGGCUCUUCAAUCCUGACGCCAGAGUGCCAUCAGCCUCGUCCCUCACCGACCUUUCCCCACACCUUCACCACCUCCAGACACCAAAGGAGACCCAUACCGUCGAGAUCGAGCACGAUACCUUUUCCGGCAACAAAUUCAUCAACAAUUAUGAAAUUGUCCAGGAACUAGGCCGCGGUGAGCAUGGGAAAGUCAAACUUGGUAGAGACAUCGAAAAAGGAACUUUGAUUGCCAUCAAGAUUGUGCCCAGAUAUUCAGCUAAGCGACGCCUCGGUCGACUGGGUGCUCCGGAGGAUCGAACCAAACGUGAAGUCGCCAUACUGAAAAAGGCAAGACAUCCAAACGUGGUCAGCCUGCUGGAAGUUAUCGACGACCCCUCUAAGAAUAAAGUUUACCUGAUCCUUGAGUAUGUCGAGAAGGGAGAAAUCAAAUGGAGAAAACCAGGCGUAAGGGAAGUCCUAGCUGUUAACAACAACCGCUUCUCACAAGAGCGUGUCGGCAUUGAUGUCCCCAUCGAGCCGACUGAGCGAGACUUGUACAUUGUUGCCCAGGCAGCUCGGCGACAUGAGCAGCAAGAAAGAUCCCGAUUAUCAAACCUGCAGUCUAUUCCAAACUGGAGUCUCGAGUAUGGAGGAGAAGAAGAGGAUGAAGAUGAGUUCUCGGAUAUCUCCCGAUCGGCAUCGCGCCAUUUCUAUGCUGGCUCCAGCAAUCCCAGUCGUACAAACUCGCACGAGGACUAUCAUGCCGACUCAGCCCUGGCUGGCAGCAUGUAUGGUGCCUAUGUACCUGAGACUUAUCGGCCCCGCAAAUUCAGUAUUGCUACAAGUGCCAUUUCACAUAUGUCAUCAGAAGUCAACUUUGAAGAGAUCGACGACGAGCACUCCUUCGUCCCUGCGUUGACGCUGGAAGAGGCGCGUCGGGCCUUUCGAGACACCCUUGCUGGCCUUGAAUUUCUACACUUUAUCGGCAUCAUACAUAGGGACAUCAAGCCAGCCAAUUUGCUAGUAUCAGCCACCGGCACCGUCAAGAUCUCAGACUUUGGUGUCUCCUAUCUAGGCCGCCCAACGACCGAAGAAGAUCCUGAGAACAGGCUCACCGAGAAAGAUGUAUCUGCUCUCGACGAUGAGAAAGAGCUCGCCCGAUCUGUGGGUACACCAGCAUUCUGGGCCCCUGAACUGUGCUACGAAGACGCAUCGAUGUUUGAGGAAAAGAAUGGUCCCAGGAUCACUGGUGCUCUCGACCUUUGGGCGUUGGGUAUUACCUUGUACUGCAUGGUCUACGCUCGUCUUCCAUUCUAUGCCAAUGACGAGAUGGGCCUGCAUGAAGCAGUGUGCAGGGCAGAGGUAUUCUGCCCCAAGAGCAGGUUAGUGCCAGUCGACACCUCACGAGACAAACCUACCUCGUACGUACCCUCCUCCAUCAACUGCAACAAGCGCUUGGACUACGAGCUCAAAUUUGAACCCGUGCCCGAUGGGGUCCGCGAUCUUAUACGCAAACUCCUCGUAAAGGAUCCUGCCAAACGCAUGACCAUGGAGGAAGCGAAGACCCAUGAGUGGGUCGUUGAAGGCAUGCCCGAUCCAAACCAGUGGAUUAAAGGUCCAAUGGAGAUGGCCAAAGAGAGCAAGAAGAAGAUUUUGGAAGUCGAUGAGAGGGAGAUAUCUCACGCCGUUGGCAAGAGAAACAUCAUAGAGCGCGCUCUCAACACAGCCGGAAGGAUUGCAGGCAGUCUCCUAGGUCGAAGCAAUACUCGCAGACGAGCACCAAGCGCAGCAACAUCAGCCAGCCACUCAAGCGAGUCAAUCGCGUCGCCCUCCAGCACAAGCACUGUUGGCCGUGGAGACAGGGAAAACAAGAUCAAAGACGGACGCCGAUCCUCACUCCGAGGUGACGAAGUCCUCGCAGCUUUGAAAACCUCGAGAGACAAUGGCGAACAUCCUCUGGCACAAAGCCAAACUGCCAGCCCUGAUGAUUCUCCCAGGGAGACGUAUUUUACUUCGUCAUUAAAGGGCUUGGAUGCGCCAUCCACGCUGUCAAGCACCGUGCCGGAACGGGAAGGUCGGCCUCGUGGGCCUGAUCGUGCCAUCUCAACCAUGUCUACCGCUGAAUCAGUCAAGACCAUCCGAGCUUCACAGAUGCAGAGGCUGCUUCUCCCGCAUGCAGAGACUGCGCCUGAGCUGGAACGUCCAUUUGCUGCUGGGGAAAGAUCUUUCAAAGCCAUGGUUGACGGACUUUGGGAAGGUACUUCGAAGACUCUUGUUCGGCUCGGCAGUCGAGACCGCCGUUCUCAACAUCUCGACCGUUCCCCAGCUCCAAGCCGCCAUUCGUCAGAUGGCGAUGGCCAUGCAGGACCCAGUCUCGCCAUUAGCACGGCUUCUGCUUCUGGUGCCAUUGAACAGCCGGAAGCUUUGAAGACUGUAAUGUCACCAGUGGAAUACCACACUGCUCCUCCUGCUUCAGCCGCACUAAGUAUUUCGCGAACAAACACUAAAAUUUCUCCGCCUACUUCCAGUCAAGAAGCCUUUGAACACGCUCAGGAAGUCAACCAGCGAAGACAUAUUCAAGAGGUGCAUUCCCGAGCCGAAGCUGCUACCGCGGCGGCUUCUAGGGCACAGAGUGAGAAUGUCGCAGAUGAAUGCGCUCCAUCACCAGAUGACAUCGCGUUUCUCGAAAGACAGCGUACUCGUGUUGCCAAUGAGGCACCACCCAUCUCAAUCGAGGCCGGGCCAUCGGCGAGUACCAUUGCUUCGUCUCUUGAAGAUUACGGAAAUAGCAGUGUCUCGCAAAGCAUGUCCAAUCCCAGCUUCGGCGUGACUUCUAACGCUUCCUCUCCUCCUGGAGAAGGCUACUACCAUGGAGAGUCUGCGAGCAAUCAUCAAACUACUCCUGCUACGGGAAAGGAUCUUGAGCCGGACUUCAUGCGCACUGCAGACACUAUCAUCAAACACGGUCGUCCUCAGCAGACCGCCACGGCUCCAUCCCUGGAAGAUUGGGCCACCCAGUCAUAUCAAAAUAACGAUGGUGACUACGACGACUCAGACGAUGAUGGUAUGGUGAUGAUGAAAGGUUCGAUCGUGCCUAAGAAGUCCACCUGA